GGCCCGGUGGGGUGAAUGGCCCCGUCGGCGGCGGGGGACGGGGUAGAGGCGGGGCCAAGCGGGACGUGCGGGAAGCGGCGGGAGGGGCUACGAGCCCGGCAGGGCGGUGGGCGGAGGCGGAGCGGCAAGAUGGCAGCGGCAGUGUUGGGGCUGACGAAGAGGUUGCGGUUGGUGGCGGGAGCUCCGAGCCUCGCUUUCACGCGUUCUGCGUUUGUUGCAAAGAAACGGAGUUAUGAUCAACCAAACUGGUUUGGAGUUGCCUUGGCUUUUGGCACCAGUGCUGCCUUGUGGGCUUUUCUUUUCAAGCAGCAUAAUGACGAUGUAAUGGAAUAUGAAAGAAGAAAACAAGAAAGGCAUCAUAAGUGUACAGAAUGUUCAUAGUUGAUGAUAUGCUCAGUAAGAAGUAAGAUAAUGACCACUUGUCCUACAAAUAAAUGAGCACAGCAGAAGUACCUAAAUAUAUAUUCAUACAUUUCAUGUGCAGAACUAUGAAAUAAAUUAAGAAGUCUGAAAAAAA